AUGAACCGGCAGCUAGUGAACAUUUUGACAGCCUUGUUUGCAUUUUUCUUAGAGACAAACCACUUCAGGGCAGCUUUCUGCAAAGACCAUGACUCCAGGUCUGGAAAACAACCUUCGCAGACCCUAUCUCCUUCAGAUUUCUUGGACAAAUUAAUGGGAAGGACAUCAGGAUAUGACGCAAGAAUCAGGCCAAAUUUUAAAGGUCCUCCAGUAAACGUUACUUGCAAUAUUUUUAUCAACAGUUUUGGAUCAGUCACAGAAACCACCAUGGACUACCGAGUGAAUAUUUUUCUGAGACAACAGUGGAAUGAUUCACGGCUGGCUUAUAGCGAGUACCCUGAUGAUUCUCUGGACUUGGACCCAUCGAUGCUGGACUCCAUUUGGAAACCAGAUUUGUUCUUUGCCAAUGAGAAGGGGGCCAACUUCCACGAUGUCACCACCGACAACAAGUUGCUUCGCAUUUCAAAAAACGGCAAAGUGCUCUACAGUAUCAGGCUCACCUUGACCUUAUCCUGUCCCAUGGACUUGAAGAAUUUUCCAAUGGAUGUCCAGACGUGUACAAUGCAGCUGGAGAGUUUUGGGUACACGAUGAAUGACCUGAUAUUUGAGUGGUUAAGUGAUGGUCCAGUUCAAGUUGCUGAAGGAUUAACACUGCCUCAGUUCAUUUUGAAAGAAGAGAAAGAGCUCGGCUACUGCACAAAGCACUACAACACUGGAAAGUUUACCUGCAUCGAGGUUAAGUUUCACCUGGAACGCCAGAUGGGAUAUUACUUGAUCCAGAUGUAUAUCCCCAGUCUGUUGAUAGUCAUUUUGUCCUGGGUCUCUUUUUGGAUAAACAUGGAUGCAGCCCCUGCCAGAGUUGCACUGGGCAUCACGACAGUCUUAACGAUGACCACCCAGAGUUCGGGCUCCAGGGCAUCUCUGCCAAAGGUCUCCUACGUAAAAGCGAUUGACAUCUGGAUGGCAGUGUGCCUUCUGUUUGUGUUUGCAGCCUUACUGGAAUAUGCAGCAGUGAACUUUGUCUCCAGGCAGCACAAGGAGUUUCUGCGGCUCCGGAGAAGGCAGAAGAGGCAGAAUAAGAGUGUAAUUCUGGGAUUUGGAGAUUUAGCUUUAAAAGAGGCUGCCUUCCCAUUGGCCUUCCUCAUUUUCAACAUCUUUUACUGGAUCACAUACAAGAUCAUUCGGCAUGAAGAUGUCCACAAGAAAUAG